AUGAAUCUAUCAUCACUUGUCGUAAAGAGUGGUGACAAUACAUCCAUAAUUACAUUGGGCACACAACCGGCACAGACCACGUUCAGCUUUGUACAGGACAUUGUCAUUCUCAUACUGUAUGGCUUUGUAACCGUAUUGGGUUUGUUUGGCAACUCUAUUGUGUGCUAUGUUGUGCUCAGGAAGAAGAUCGUGACCACCACUUAUGUACUGAUUGGCAAUUUGGCCGUCAGUGACAUCUUGGGCUCCAUCUCUAUUCCCGGUCAGUGGCUGUUCUGUUCAUAUCAUAUGCUCGAAGAGUACGGCGACCGGAUGUGUGGCCUCACAAAGACAUCCCAAAUGCUAUCGUAUUAUAUCUCGACGUUUACGAUGACUGUCAUCGCUUUCGACAGAUUUCGUAUCGUUUACUAUCCAAUGGCUGAACGCAUGAAGCCGUGGAUUCCCAUCGUUUGCAUUUGGCUUUUGGCCACAAUCUGUGUCUUACCAACAAUGGUGUCGAUGAGAAUAAUGACAUACUUCUCACCCAAUCAUCUCAUUCAUUGUCGGAUAGCGUUUCCGUCGACUUACUUCUCGAAGGGCGCAGUGACUGACCAACAAAGCCGAGAGUUUUGCCGAUCUAAACGGCGGACAAUUCAAAUGCUAACCAUCGCUCUGUUGGCGUUUGCCAUCGCAUGGCUGCCCGUCCAUCUGAUCCAUAUGAUUGACUUUUACAUCACACCAUUGCUGCCCAACGACUGUAAUUUUUCUCCGUAUUACCUCUUCGUCUACUGGUUGGCCGUCAGUUCCGUCUGUUUUAAUCCAUUCAUAUACUGCUAUCUCAACAACGACUUCAGAUCUGCGGCCAAAUCUGUGCUAAUGUGUCGCUUUGGUCGCCGAGAGGUCGCCGGCAGUCGAGUGCUUCUCCAGUCAAAGAGUUCCCGACAGAACUCAAACACCAGUUCCUCUAUAUUUUAUGUGAACGUUAAUGAAUGGAUGGGAACGGGAGGAAACUCAAUGCAAUGCCGAUCUAAACUGAAACAAUCGUCGCAAGUGUCGGCCCUAUUAUCCGGAUUCGCAUUAGUAGCGAUGGUGGAGAUGGACGUAGAAACAGAAGGUGAAAACAAGAUACCAUUCUCACUACUACUUCUCUUCAUAAUAGUGACCACUUUGUUAGUGUCGGUGCAUAUGUUGGCGCUAAUGAUCUCGACCUGUAUAUUGCCGCACAUCGACGCCGUGUCGGCCAUACAUAACGGACAGUCGUCUCUCCAUAACGACUCCCCACACCAUAAGAUGAGACACUUUACGUCCAUCGCGUGGUUCUUCUCGACAGUGAUCGGGAUCUUCCUCUUCCUACUCGAGCUCACGAUUAUUGUUUGGGUUAAGUUCUGGUUUAUAUACGGCGGUUGGGUUGCCAUCAUCUCAACCAUUGUGUUGAUGCCAGUGAUCGGCGCCUUCAUCUACUUUGCCUACCAUUUCUACCACCAAUUGGUCGCAUAUAAGGUGGAGAGGACUGAGUUUGUGUUACAAGAGCUGGAAGAGUUGGCUCAACACUUACAAGACUCUCAAAUCAAGUCAACCAUUGAUUUUGUUUGA